AUGCCUUCUCUCCCAAUCGAGGCUCGCGAAGUAGCUCUCGACCUCGUUGCUCGAGUGACAAGCAGCAGAGUCAGCUCGUCCGGCAGCAGAGUCCGUACCGGCGCUCGCGUUAUCGGCGGUGGCAUCAUCGCCGCGAUCGUCAUCGGAGCUGUUGUCGGCAUUGCGUUAAUAAUCCUCGCCUUCUGCCUCUUCCGUCGCCACAAGAGGCAACGCGCCAACCACAACAAGGAGAUGCAAAAGUACUACGGGGACAACCGCUCCAGCAUGGGCUCCAGCAACUACAACCCGAACAACACCAACCCGCAAGGCGGUUACAACUACGGGCAAGGGUACGGACAACAGCAAGGUUACGGGUAUGCGCACACUGCUGCACCUGGCCAGUACGGAUACGGUGCCCCGAAUAACGGAGGCGUUUCGGGCAUGCCACCGGCGCACACUGCAGACCACGUUACGACAAAAUAA